UCAUAGUACUUUUAUACCUAUAAAAUUGAUAAAUUGUUGGCGAAAUAUUUUUAUAAAAAAUGGAGCAGGAAAAAACGUUCCUUUCGAAUUCUGCUGCGGCGUCGUCCGUUAAUUUUUCCAUGCAGAAACCUGUGGUAAAGAAAGGAGAAGAAAUAGCUAACUACGUUUGCUACUUGUGCAGGAAAACGUUUUACAAUGCAAAUGCUCUACAAAACCAUAAAAACAUGCAACACGACUCAAACGGUUCGAGCAAUGACGACUAUCAACCAACCUCGAAUAGAUUUGAAGAGAUAUUGGAUGUUCUCUGUGAUUUCCAAUUUAUUCCUUUAAAAAAACCCAAUGAAGAUAUCAUAAAGGUAGAACGAGACGGGAUCACAAAGCGCACCUACGGCGAAGGUACGAGCUAUUUGAUAGUUAAAUACGAGAGCUGCGAGACCGCCGGAGCGAAGAAAUCGCGACUGAGUAACAUGAUCAAGAAAAUACAAUUAAAGCCUGAAAGAAAGCUGGUGGAUUUAAGGGGUCCGUUUACUUGCACUUUACCUUCAAACGUGUAUCUAGGCGCACAGUGUCGCCAGAUAUUCUUUAAUUGCUGCGAGUAUUCCUUACAUUAUCGGGAAGAGCACACGAAGAGGCGGAAGGCUGUUUUGCGUUGUCAAGUGUGUGAGAAACGUCUAGACAGGAAUCCGAUAUAUCCGACCAAUGCGUUGACAUCUCAGAUGGAAUCGACUAACGUAGUUUCAUUUACAUGCCACGUGUGUGGAGUGGCUUUCUUCGAUAGCACCCAAUAUGAUGAGCAUAAACGUAUCGUGCAUGCGAAAAUAAAACCACACCAAUGCUCAAUUUGUUCCAAGCGCUUUACUCAAAUCGGUGGUCUGCAACAACAUAUGCGUAUGCACAAUGGCAUUCGACCAUUCAUUUGCAAGUUUUGCGGAAAAGCUUUCACACAGAAGGCGGGUCUGGACCAGCAUUUGCGGACCCAUACGAAAGUCAAGCCGUUCAAGUGCAUUAUAUGUUGCAAAUGUUUCUCGCAGUCUGUCCACCUCCGUCAACAUAUGAGGACUCACACGAACAUACAGCCAUUCGGGUGUCCGGUUUGCCAGAAGAGGUUCAAGCAGAGCAGUCACUUAAAUUUCCACAUGCGGUCACACGUAGACGAAAUGAGCGCUUUGCUAAUGGAACAGUAUGGCCAGACUUCAAGUAUGGACUUUCUUAAUUUGUCCAAUGUGCAACCCGUGCAAGAUGGUGAGACUCUCUACUACGCGGCGCAACUAACCUCGGGACCCGAAGCGACAACUUCUACCCCAUAUAUUCACCAGGGCAGACAGGCACCUUUGAUUCCUAAUAAUUUGCUUUAAAAUGUACUUACCUAUAAUUAAAAUUUAAUUUACGUUAUUAAUUGUGCAAUGUGACUGUCUAUGUUAAACUUAUGCACGGAAAAUUUUGUUUUAUCGAAUAGAAAAAUACUCAUUAAUUUAUGUAACUUUUAGUCAUCGAUGUAUUUAGUCAAUAAAAAUUGUUUUUAUUUUUAAAAUAAGAUAACGCGAAUUAGUAAGUACUUAGUACGAGAAGCUUAUCGAGUGUAAAAGUGCUGAAAGGCGUAUUUUCAGCAGUGGA